AUGGCAAACAAAGGGCUUUUGCUUCCUCGAUUUAAAGGAUUCCAAUCAGCCACGUCCCAUUUUUUACUUACUUACGGGACACUAUGAAUGUAAUCUUAUGAUAAUCGGGACAGAGCCCUUGCCAAUCAUUUAGGAGUGCUAGUAAUGUAACGGUAAGGACGAAAAUUGAAUAUUCACUUGCAACGAUUCAAGAAGAUUGAGAACCGCUGGUAAGAAAAUAUUAUGAUGGUGCGAAUACUGGAUCAUCACGUCAUUAUGUGCGAUGCAUUAUUUUUCAUCAGGAUCUUUUAAGGAGUGUAGGAUGUACAAUUGGCCAUUUUUGGUAAAUUUGUAGGUGAAGUAAACUUAUGUCCACUAAGUUUAUCGUAUUUCAGAUAUUUGUGCAGUCCCGACGAAACACAAAGAAUUGAUGACCAAAAAACCUUACAUGUCACUCGAUGAGUGGCGCCAAGCUUUCAAGGGACAGGUUCGAGCACCACUACGAAUGCCACCAAAAGGGGGACGGUUUAGAAUAUGUGCUGGGUGAGUCAUGCAGUUUGUUCAAGGUACAGGCUAUCGGUCGUCAUAGUGUAUGCGUUUCAGAUCGUAUAUUAAUAAAUCAAAAAAAGGAAAGAAGCUCUUAAACUAGGUUUACUUUUAAUUCUUAGGUGGACGAAAGGAGUUUGCAAAUUGAAAAAGGAUGUACUUUUGCACACGGCCCACAGGAACUCGAAGCUUGGAAUAAACACGUAAAAAUGAUGGAAAAGGAGACGGAAACUAAGAACGAGGAGGAAAAGGAAACUGAAGAGAAAAAAGACGAAAAUGAAAAUGCAAUAAAAACCAUCACCCGUUCACCGAUAAAAGAUGAUCGACCAGUUCCCACUUACAAGGUUAGCUCUGUAUUGUCAUAUUUCGUGUUAGCCUCACGACAGUUCAGAUUUAGCUAAAUCCAUCUUCAUCUCUCAGUUGAAGGAUCUCGUCACCAGUCUUUCAGGAGUGUCAGUUGCGUGUGAUCCAAGUGUUCAAAAUGUGUCAUUACAAGUUCCAUUGGACAGUGAAGGAGAAAAAACUUUUAGCUGGACUGUCCGACUAUCUUAUGAGGUAAGAGAGAGGGAAGUUUGGUCGUGAGGUAUAUUCUAAGGGACUCAUCACUUAUUUGUUUUGAAUAACCUGGAGAAAGUAUUAGAAUUUGAGAUAAAAUUUCGAGAACCAAAGGAACGUAACACAGGAAUGUAUCACAGGUGCAAAAAUAACACAAAAAAGAGCAGCUUUAUGAGUUAUGACGUAGGAAUAAAGGUGGUGACAUCAUCGCCAUCAUUACAAUCAUAGUGAACAACAAGGACAAAAAUAAAAAACAAAACCAAAAAUAUAAAUGAGACUGAAAUUGUAGCCGCUGUUGGAAAUGAUGGAGGAGGAUGAUUGCCUCCGAAACCCUUUGUUCAAUUAUUCUUACAGUUUGAUUCAUGUCUAUCCAAAUUGGUUAUGGCAAUAAAAUCAGUUUAGAAUCUAAAUGACAUCGUCGUAAUAAGUCACCAAACUUUCACGAAUAGCGAGCUAAGAAAUGCAUAAUCAACAUUUGGAAAAAUUAUCUUUUUUUGGAUUUAAAGGAUUACUCAUGGGCUUUCCUCAGCUUUUAAUUAGUCUCUUAACACAUAUGUUUUCUCAAUUCUUAUUUAGUCCACUGAGACCGGGCAUCUGCAGGAUAUUGCACUAUUAUGGAAAUUCCCCAGUUGUUACAGUUUCACCAGUGUUAAAAUUAAAUACUCGAAAGGCCCACUUACAGUGGAGGACGCUGUAGAGAGGGUUGACGACUGUCAUUAUCAAGUACCACCAUACCUACGUGCGUUGGACAGCAACUGUGAAGUGGAAGUAGCGCUCUCAUUCUCUACAUUUGUCUUCGGAAACUUCAGACAAUAUUUGGUGUUCGAUUUUGGCCAAGAGCGUCCCCUUGCCUUAGAAUUUUGUGUCGAAAUCGGCAGUCAAGAAUUCCUGAGAGAACUGAGCGAGGAGAAGACAAAGCUUGCUUUGGGUGGGCCUCUGUGGGAUGAAAGUUACCGGAAAAUUGUCCCUUUUGAGUGCAAAACCUCUUCAGUGUUCAAGAAUGAUAAUUUGACAGACUUGUACAAGUUGCCAGUAGAUAGAGUGGAUGAUGUUGUGCCCUGUCCUCUUCUUGACGAAUCACAAGGUCUGAGCGAGAAAAAUUACAAAGACAUCAUGCAUCAGUUGUUAUUUGUAGAGGAGUUUUAUAUUCGCAAACAAGUUGCCAGGUUAGAUUUCAAAAAUUCUGCUUUAACAGUUUUUUCGUGACAUGAAAUUAUCAUCUGCUCUAUCUGUAAUUGGAUAUAAAUCAAUUACUAUCAAUUGCUGUACUUUAGAAAUCCUACGUAAAUGCGGGCUGAAUGAAUUUAAAUGAGGUCCCGAUCAAAUUUCCCUGUUAUUUGUUAGAAAUAAUGCAGUGUUCUGGGAAUGCUAUGUUUCCCUUUUACAUCAAUAUUGGAUAUUUUCAUUCUCUUAUGUUUUCAAUUUUUCUCCACGGGCUCAAUGAUCACUGACACAACCGAUGAGAAUGAGCUGUUUCAAUUAAACUGUUUCAGAUUCAAUAUGGAAGGAGCCCAUUUACACGCUGCAUCACUGAUUGUUAAGAAAGAUGAAGUCCUGUGCGCCAACGAAGGUUGGCUGUACGGUUCGUUCCAAGUGUUGCGCCCUAUAACACCCGAUGACGCGGAUGGGCGACUCCUACUCAGGAAUCUGUUCGGGAGCGCUGGGUCAGUGUUAAUAGCAAAAAGCCAGUGCUCUCAAUCGAUGGUUUAUGAAGCUUUAGUGGACUCGGUGGAGGAAAGUCGUGUCAUAGUAAAGCUAUCUGUACGGUGUUGCGAAGAUCUAGGGCUGACAAACAACAGUGAAACCAUUGUGGACGUUCAGUUCCGAAUCAAUCGACUUCGACUUUGUGAGAUGCACGACAACAUCGACAGACUGGGACUAGAGCACAUCAGAAUAGUGUUUCCCACCUUUGGCGAGGUCGCCUUGGAAAAUAACGUAAGGUUAAUUCGCUGUUUGAUUCGCCAUACAAAUGUAGCUUCACUUUUCAAUACCAGUGAGAAAACCUUUAUCCUUAUUAAACGGCAAGGUAGUCUUUAUGGAAAUAAGAACGUUCUGAUUAGUUCUUACUUGCGCUGUACUGACCGUUUCCACGGAAACUGUCAUAAGCUGUGCAUUUUCGUUUGUGAAAGCCGCCAAAUUUAAAAUAAUCAUGAUUGGUUCGACUGCCACAUAAUAAACUACUGACUAAUCUCACUUGCUCGACGUGGGGAGUAUUGGCCCGGGUCGUUUCUGUACUUAUCUUGCUGCGCUCGGUCCGUCCUGCCACGACCUAGGCCAUUCUCCCCCUGUGCGGCCCUCACGCUGGGUCAACAGAAAGUUAAUAUUUUUAUCAACGCAUUAACACUCCGAAGCAAAACUUUUCUAAUUAUAUCGUGCUUUGAAAAACAAAAAAAAAAUUUCCCGCGGCGAAGGCCUCUUUGUCAUUUGAGUGCUCGUGAAAUUGUGACUCGGGGUCGACUGAUAUUUUGAAAAUUACCAAGUCUAGGAAACUUAAAAGUGCACUGACCAAACUUUUGUUUCGUAUGAUUUUUUCCAGGUUACUAUCUUGCCAUGGAUUCUCGAUCCCAGCUUAAACGAUGAUCAAAAAGAGGUUAUCAAGAAAAUAGCUUCGCCAUCGAGCAAUUCACCUCCGUUGGUGGUGUUUGGUCCAUUUGGAACAGGGAAAACUUUCACUCUGAAUCAAGCUGUUCGACAAAUUGCCUUAGACUGCAACAACCGCGUACUCAUCUGCACCCAUUCAAACAGUGCGGCAGACAUACACGUAGAGUUAUUGGACGAAUACCUCCGUAAUAAUGGAAUACUGGCUUGCAGACCCCUGAGGAUUUACACACCGUUGCGGAAGUUAUCAACUGUCUCUGCCAUGGUGAAGGAGUACUGCCUCAUAACAGACAGAGUCUUUCGACUCCCAACUCGUGAUGACGUGUUACGUCACCGAGUCAUAAUAACAACUUUGGGAAUGUCACGAGCUCUGUUUGAUAUGGACCUACAUCGGGGAAUUUUUUCUCACAUCUUAAUCGAUGAAGCGGCGCAGGCGCUGGAGACGGAAACGUUAGCCCCAAUUACACUAGCGGGUUACAAUACGAAAGUGGUUUUCACUGGGGAUCACAUGCAGGUUCGUGAAGCUGUCCUCAUUUCUGGACUCUCUAUGGAUGUAAUAGGUAAUGAAAGAGCUGGUAUGGUGUAGCACCGAGUACCAAGGGAAAAGAAACAUGUCGACUGUGAUAUAGUAUUUCACAAUUUAUGUAGAGAUAGGGUACCCAUUUAUCAAAGGAAAUGUUGUAAGCCAUUUGAGUUGAAAUCUGGAGACGUAAAACUGUUCUCUAUUACCUUCCUCGUUAGAUGAGCCCUGACGUACUCUCUCCUCAAGCAAAGAAGUGGGGAUUCCAGAUGUCCUUACAAGAGAGGCUUUUCUACGACUACGACAGACGAAAAAAGGAAGCAAAGCAAGAUCCCAAUGUCAUCUAUUUGACAACGAACUACCGCUCAAACGAGCAAAUUCUUCAAUUCUCCUCCGACAUGUUUUACGGCCAACUUUCCUGUGGUAGUAAUCAGCCCCUUCACCCUUGGUUGGGUCCAUUGGUGUUUUAUUCCGCUUUUGGCGAAGAGGAGAUGGCGGAGAACCAUUCGUCCCACCGCAAUUUGGCUGAGGUGAACGAGGUGGUGAAGCGAGUCAAAGAGCUCAUGGACUGCUGGCCUCAACAAUGGGGUUCAAUACCGGAUCCUAAACAUGUUGCUGUAGUUUCAUCAGAGCGUUAUCAGGUACGAAGAAAAAAAUCAAAACCUAUUCUUGGAACUACACUGUAUUGUCAACCCUCCUCUAUCAGACUCUGAGUUCUCUUGUUGGUAAUAGUCCUUGACACAUAAACACACAAGAUCUUUGAUUUCUUACAAACAUUCACCUCUCGCUUUCCCCGAUCAACAAUAACUUGCUAAGUUCUGUGAAUAUUUAUUUCUCCAAUGUUAUGCAGUAAUACAUAAUUUUUUCUUCUGUAGGUAAAAACGAUUCGCGAUGGCCUUAGAAAAAUUGAUCUUGGUGAAGUUGACGUGGAAACCAUUGAAAAUGUGCAAGGUUUGUAAAUUACUUGAAGGAAUUCCAUUGAUUUAGGUCUUUAAAUUGAAAAUAUUUUUACUUUAAGAUUUUACUCCAGGGAAAUACUGGUACGGAGCUUUUUCUUGCAAUAAUUCGAAAUUGUCUGGCAGGCAGGUAAGGGGAAACUGUCAAACAGAAAAUCUGCCCUGGAAAAACAUCAAAUUCUUAUAGGUGAUUUAAGACAGAUGAAAAUUUCAAACGUUUUAAAUUCAUGCUUUCGACAAUCAUUCUUCAGUCUUAAAAUAUCGUGAAUUGUUCCUCCAGGAAAACAGUUCCGUGCUCUCUUUGUCAGUACAGUGCGAACCAAUCACUCCUGUAACGAGUCCAAUGCGUGGGUGGAUAAUGAAAGUGACAGGCCUUACCUUUCAUUUCUCACGGAUCCUAAGCUUUUAAACACUGCACUUACCCGUGCCCAGUCUCUCAUCGCCGUGGUUGGCGAUCCUUUUUCACUGAGGACUAUUGGAGAUUGCCAGGGACUUUGGGAAGAGUUUAUUAAGAGAUGCAGUGCCAGUGGAAACCUCUUUGGAAUAGAGUGCAGUGAACUUGAAGAAAGUAUUUCUCAAACGGGACUCAAUGUCAACGCCAGUGAAUUUGUCCCACGACUCGCCAGCCACACAAGUCCCCAACCUGAUAACGAAUCUCCAAACCACCAGAUGGCAGCCUUAGACGAUGUGAAAUUCAAUGCAUCUCAUUCACCUCCACAGAUAAACGCACCAGAGCAUACCAUUGAUAAUGAAACUUCUUCUCCCAAGGAAAUGAUGCAUGAGAAUGUACACACCACUAGUACUGAUAGGAUUCUAGACUAUUGCGCCGAGGAUUCUAAGCAUGAACUACUGAAAACGUCAUCUCCAAACGAAGAAGACGACAGCGAAGUUGAAAGUAUUUCAGACUCUGGAGAUGUGUGCGACAGACUGAUUGGGAGUGACGAUAAUGAAAAUGGUGAUUUUGUAGAAUAUGGAAAUGUGCCGGAUGAAACUGUUCCCCCAAAGUACAUGGAUGACAUCACUCUUGCCAUCGAGGCUAAAUGUGUGGAAAAUGAGAAGAAACGAAAAUUGAAAGAAGAAAAGAUGCAACAGUUGGAAAGGGAACAGAUGAGGCUCUUCGCUUCAACCAACCACAAAGUUGCCGAAGAUAUUGACGAUGAAAGUGUUCACCGGGCUUUUGUAUCUAACAACGCAAGAACCGAUAUACGUCAUGAAUACUUUACAGUCAUAAAAAGAAAAGGCAAAACGCAAAUUGUUUCGAGAUAUCCGACGGUUGAAUAUAGUGAACGAACAAAAAGGCUUAUCAGUCCGGCCAAAUUUAACGAUCAUGAGAGUCUCCAGGCUGAGUGUCUUGAACGUUUGCUGGAAAAGGAGCCCAAGAAGUACUGCCGAUGCAGACUACGCAUAAGCUUCGAGAAAUCCAGAGUAUCCUAUGGAGAGAUUCAUGAUAUCGAGAGUGAGGAUAUCUUAAUUGAGGGAAGAAGCACUCGUCAGAGAUUUGAUGGAGAUAUCGUGGUGGUGGAACUUAAGAAGGAGUCCUCGGACGAAUCGCCUUUCCAGCUGGAGAGAAUCAAGGGAAAAAUAAAAGGUAGACUAUAUUGCCCGAUGAACCCUCGUGAACGUCAAUUUGUGUGCACGAUCUCCAGGACAAACCCUUGGUUAAUGUUCCCCAUCAAUAAAUCGAUGACACCCAUUGCAAACUUAAAAGGAAGCUCUUGCGAAGUAAUUCCUAUUUACAAGAAAGGGCAGCAAGGAGAAGGAGAAAGAGCAGUCCAGAUAAAAGAGAUUUCAAAAAAAGACGCCCUCAGUGGAAAAUUCCUUUUUGUGGUUCAAUAUUUGCAGUGGAGAAAAGAUUUCCCAUACCCACUCGGCAUUGCCACUAAGACUAUUAGAAAAGGAAGUGAUCUUCGAAGUGCUUACGAUAUACUUGAUGCCGAAUACCAGUUAAAGAAAUCAUUUAAAGAGGAGAUCUCCAGGGAGGCGGCAAGAUUUCAAGAUGAGUGGCAGGCAGUCCUUGAGCGUGAAAAACAGCAACGCCAACUGGUGUUAAACGCAUUCACAAUUGACCCUCCCGGAAGUGAAGCUCUUGAUGAUGCCUUGACUAUUGAAGAGCUUGAAAAUGGUUUGUGCAGAGUAGGAGUACACAUUGCUGAUGUGUCCUACUUUGUGAGAAGAGGAAGUAACAUCGACCUUGAAGCAAAGAAGAGGGGUACCUCCUACUUCCCUGGUCGUAGCCAUGGAGAUGUUUUAAUGCUCCCGAAAGAGCUAAGCCACCAUCUUUGUAGUCUGCUACCAAACGAAGAACGACUUGCUGUGUCAGUUUACCUAGAUUUGAACCAGGAUGGUAAUGUUCAUGGGAUGGAGGACCUCGAUCAAUAUGGUCGCAUGCAGAGGAGAGAGCUCAAUUUUGCGCGUACAAUUGUAAAAUCGCAAUGUCGUUUGACAUACACCGAGGCACAAGCAAUCAUUAUGAGCCCAGUCAAAGUUCCAAACAACCCUGACAGUGAUGGGAAAGUAACAACAAAGAUCAAAGAAAGCAUACGCAUGCUCAGCAUCUUAGCCCAAAAGAGAAGAAAACUGCGUCUUCGUGGCGGAUCUUUCUAUCGUUUUGACGAUGCAAACCGAGCUGAAGACUUCGAGGCUCAUGAGCUGGUUGAGGAAAUGAUGAUCCUGGCUAAUGAGUCUGUAGCUAAAUAUCUCAUUAUCGAUCAAAGAGGUGGAGAGUCAUUACCUUUGAGGAUUCAACUCCCCCCCAAGACUCACAAACUGAAUGAGUGGAAAGAGCGGUUUGGAGGUUGUGCCGAGCUGUCACCCUCUCUGAGUGAAUACACAAGUCGAAAUCCGCUUUGUGUGGAAAACUUCAUUCUACCAAAGUGUACUUGGAAUGAAAUUAGUUCUGCACGCCAAAAACAUGAUGACAGAAAACUCAUCCAUCUAAUUUGCAAUGAUCACAUCUAUCCGCAACUCGCAAUCGCACGUUCAUUUUUAAGAGGUCUCCAACGAAGAGCAGAGGAUUUAAAAGCGGCUGAGGUUCCAUCAAAUAACAGGGUUCACUGGUCUUUAAAACUAAAGGAAUACACUCGAUUCACCUCCCCAAUUCGUCGUUACCUUGAUAUCGAGGUUCAUCGGUUGUUACUAGGAAAAGCAGACCAAAACGCUGAGGCUGAAGACAUCUCUGUGCUUUUUCGCCGUUGCUCGUUUCUAUCUGAGAGAGCAAGUAAGUUUGAGAAAGAAUGUAGUCGUGUUCAAUUUGCUGCGAGUCUCAGGAAAGAGAGCUGCGAGACGCCUGCUGUCAUUGAAGUCGUCUCGAGAGAUUUUUUUCAGCUACAGCUUCUAUCUGGAGCUAAUUGCUAUCUGCCUUCAGGACAGAGGAGAAUUCAGAUCAGUCACCUGGGACCAAUUAAACAACCAGAGAUGGGUGAGUCAUUGCAAUGCCUUGAACUCAAGUGGAAACUCAGAAUUUAUGAUGCUUCAUCUGAGACUAUUCAGCAAGCGCUGGAGUGUAAGACUCAGGAGCAACGUGAGGAACAUUUUUGCAAAGACAGAGCCAAGGUUGCGUUAGACGUAAGCUCAGAUGGUUCAAGUCUUCUGAAUUACAGCAUUCCGAGCCAACUUUGGCGGGACGUCUCGCACGCCGUCAAAAACAACAAAAAAGGAAAGUUAAAGAAGUGCUUAGCAAAGGUUGAUGCAACAAUCAGAAGAGAUGGAAACUCAGAACAGAGCUCUAACCUUUAAUUACGAAAACUUUGACGAGGUAAAAAAUGAUGACGAUGACGACGAUGAUAAUGACGAUAACGAAGAUAAUGACGGCGACGACAAUGACGAAGAUAAUGACGACGACGACGAUGACGAAGAUAAUGACGAAGACGAAGAUAAUGACGAUGACAAAGAUAAUGACGACGACGACGAUGAUGAUGACGAUAUGCAUUUUCAAAAGGUGUCCAUGAUUUUAAAGGUUUCUGACACAGUCAACAUACAACUGGCUGUAAACGAAGUUAGAGGUCUGGUGUCACCAGAGAUUCAGCUUUUCAAGUUGGCCCCAGGAAUGGACGUUUGUCUCGAGCAUAGAAAACGUCCAGAUAGAUGCUUUGUAGAACUUGCCUCAGAUCACUCAUCACAGCCAAAGUACAAGGAUAUUAGAAGGUAUAUCAAAGCCUGGGAACCCGUACUAGCAAUGGAGGCCGCCACUCAGGCAAUAACGAAUGACGAUGUUAUCAUUCUGCAAAAUCUCACGGUGAAAUGGAGAGAAGAUGACAAAGAAAUUAUCGGCGAGUUUUUGCUUGAGAAGUCGUUUUGUACAACAAGAUGCAUCAACAUUUCAGAUGGUGAUUACGCCUGUGCAAAAGUUUGGUGCCCAGUAUCAUUGCAAGCUGAGGGAUCUGACACCUCAAAAUCUAUUGCAGCUAAUAGCCUUUGGAAAACUGACAAAGAAGUCGAAGAAGAAGAAUUCUCUGAUAGUGAUGAUGACUCAAGCUUCUAUACAGCAAGUGAAGGAGAAGAUGAACUGGAAAGUUCCAGGUUUAAAGGUGGAAAAGGGGAAAACUUUGUUUGGGUUGGCCACUGUUCGAUCACGAAAAAGAAUAAUCAUGUGACGCUUCACCUGAAACAACAGUCCAUACACAUUCCCUCAGGCCUUCUGGAUGGAGAUGGGUGUAUCUGUACCUUGGAAAUAAUAAAGCUGGCCAUCAAUCACAGGUGAAUGUUUGAAAGGUAGAUUAAAAUACAUCACAUUUAUUGUCUUGACUAGUCCUCCUGUCAAAAAUUGAGACAACUUUUAAGAAGGAGAAUGUAUUGGAAAACUUGUCGAAAGCGAAUCUUUUUUUACUAUUGGGAUGAAAUUUAUCACGAGCUUAAGGGAAACUUUACUCCAGUACAAGUUUUUGGAUAAGUGCCCUGAUACUCUUGUUUCCCAGUGUAAAAUUUUUCUCCUGAUAAGUUUAAGUGUCGAAGAUCUCUUAGUUUGAAUGCUACGGUACCCUAGUACUUGGGAUCUUGCAGGUUUCUUUACGGUUGUAAAAUUACAACUACUAGUCACUAAUCAAAACACUUAUGCUGUAUUUCAGACGAAUGAUGAACGCUUUGAAAAAACUGGAAAAAAAGGGAAAGGAAGACCUAGUUCACGACCUCUGCCUUGGAAAAAAAGAACAGCUGGGUGGUACGUUUUAUUUACCAAUUUAGUGUCCUAAAUCCAAAAGGGACCUACAGCUUACACAGUUAGUUACUUUACUAGGGGGUGGGGUAUUUGAACGUAAUAACUAAACAUUUGCUGGUUCCUCGCGAUGACUCGAAUUCUUCUUCAGGUCUCGGCCAACUGCUUCGUUUCCUUCUCCCCCGUCCCUGCGACAAGUGAUCCACGACGGCUCCGUUUUUCUCUCCAUCAAUCAUAACGGUUGCUUUUAUUUAGCUUUAACCUGAUUACUGUCAUUCAUGCAAAUCCUCCGGUCGGGAGUGUAAGAAAGUUCGCCUUGCUCAGUUGCCAAGUUGCACGUCGUCGUUUCAGUAAUAAGGGAGUUAUCCCUUUGAAAAACAUUCAGCCUGGAGGACCAGUGGAUUGCGCUUUGCUUUACCCUUACCUCUCGCCCCUGACAUGGGUGCGAUCCUAACAUGACCAUAGGAGGUCCGUGCGGCAAAGCUCUCGGACGCGUUGGGACACCAAAGCAUCCUCAACACAUACGUACUGCGUGCCUAUUAAGAUUCUUCGACGAGAAUAUUUGUCUGAGCCUUUCGCAUUGCGUAAAAAACAUCCGGAUUCCCUGCGUUAAUUGGAUUAGCCUUAUACAGAAACAUUUUCAGAGGAAUAAUUGAAUGAUUACACAUUAUUAGAUUUUACUGCAAUGUAAACCUCAGCCGAAGUGUGUUAAUAGCCAUUCAAACUAGAGAAGUCUCUAACUUACAACUGUAAAUUAUUAAGAGAUCAUUACCUGAUCAUUUUUUCACAUCGUUUGUACGCAGAAACUUCCAGAAAACAACCACGAAGCGAAAACCUAUCUAUUGUUGGCAUGAGUAAAGAACAACCUGAAAAAGCUUCAGAUCUAAACAGGGACCAACUUCAGGCAGUUAAAAGAGCUCUACGAAGCCGCUUUACUUUAAUUCAAGGACCUCCCGGUAAAUAUGCCCCAUGGUACCUAUUCAAUGUUUGGCAAAAGUUUAGCUAUAGUUUGUUAAAAGUAUUAAUUACAGCAGGGGAACCAUCAAAUGUCCAAAAGAAGAAAAAUUUGGAGACUAAAACUUGGGAUAAAAUUUACAUCGUGAAAGACAACAAAUCAAGGUCUAUGUCGAGGAGUGAUAACACAGCCUAUGCCUUUUAUGUAGUUUCUUGUCCUAAAGCAUUCUUAUUUCCUUUUUUUACAUUGUUGUAGUGUAUAGUGAUGCCCACUUGUGGAAAUGAAUGCAAGUGAUGUAAUACGCUCGGGACCUACGGAUUUGCAUGUAUAUAUUAAGUGUGUAUUUAAUUUAUUCUGAGUGUUCUUUUCGGUUAAGAGUAAGAGUGUAACGGACGUUAAUAAACGGUUUUAACUUAACCGCGGUGUGCUACGAUUAUAAUUUUCGCUAGGAACUGGAAAGACCAUAACGGGAGUUCAUAUCGCCUACUGGUUCAAUGAAGUAAAUGAAAGAGAUGAAAAGGAGAAUGCUACUGUCCUCUACUGUGGGCCCUCAAACAGAUCCGUAGAUGUUGUGGCAGGUGAGAGGAACAAAGUAUGUGAAAGUAGCGCACGCGCGACAAAGUAAGGGAGGGACCAAUGCCCCCUUCCCUGACCGCCCUCAAAAAAUGGGGCAGCCCCGUCUUGUACUCUUGAUGAAGAUCGAACGACGGAAGGUAACAGACAUUAAACAGUUUCCCACUUAUAUGACAGUGUCAUCUACCGACUCCAGUAGACCACCAUUGUGAAGUUAUGUGAUGCUAGACAUUAAGUAUUUUUUUUGCAAAUAUUUUCCACUUUAAGAGGAGAGGCAUAGAAAUAAUUCAAACCGUACUACUUGGGUACUGCACACGCCUAAUCAAUUAAGUCUUAAAUCUGAAGGGAAGCUAUGAAUGAUUUUAGAAUUCUGUAAUGGAACUCCUGGUUACUCCUAUCUGAAUACCUUUAUGUUCAUGGCAUUGAAGAUGUGUUAUUGCGAAGUAAAAAAAAGGGGUAUUGGAACCAGAGUCGUUUUCGAUUCGUAUGGGAUUUGAGCUUCUUCGAGAGGUCCAGUGUGAACGUGUGAAGUAAGGGAUGUAAUUUUAAUGAGUAAUUUUCACUGAAACAUGCAUGCUUUUUUUUGUUGAGCGCUUUAUAUACUUAAAUACUGCUUUCUCUUGAAGAGCACCUGAUAAAGAUCAAAGGCCUUAAAUCAAAGAUCCUUCGAGUAUACGGCAAAGUCAUCGAGCAAAAAAUAUUUCCACUACCGAAUGAAGUGAAAUCAUCUCGAACGAUUGGCAGCAAAGAAGAGAUGAGAGUACCUAAGAAACUGAGAGGCAUCGCAUUGCAUCACGUUAUCAGACGGACGAAAAAGGAAAAGGGAAAAAAGUCGCCGUUUGCCGAAGACCUAAGAAAGUUUGAAAAGAUGUUUGCCCAAAAGAAAAAAAAGAAGCAAGUUGUGGAUGAAGCAACAGUCUCGGAAUAUCGCGAGGUUUGAGGAAAUCAAUAUUAAAAAAUCAAUAACGGUACCAAAAGGUACAAUUUUAUUUAGCUCCCAUAACUCCGGGGUUUUUAUGAUCUAGCAAGUGCAAGAGAUGUCAUUGAUUUUAUUGAGUUAUCGUUGGUUUUUUCAAAAAGUUCCAUGCAUUUUAUGAUUUUAUAUACAGACAAGAAGAUAGAUCUUUUUUGGGUUGAACAUUACGUUAAUUGAAGCAAUUAGACUAGUCAGUGCGGAAACUGACGUCUGAAUUCGACAAAUUAGUGUUUUUGAUAAGCAAGAAAAAUUUCUGCACUUAUGAAACAUGCAAGGGAGGAAUAAGUUGAGCGUACUCAAUAAAUAUACUUCUUGAUUACUUCAAUCAUAGCUCAUAAAGAAAGCUGAGCAAUGGGCAAUUAAAAAAUUUGGACGCAUUGUCCUUUGUACCUGUUCUGCGGCUGGAAGCAAAAGAAUGGAGCAAGUCUGCGAAAACGUCAUUCAGUGCAUUGUGGACGAAUGCGGAAUGUGUCUGGAGCCAGAAACUCUCAUUCCAAUUGUGAGUUCAGAAUCGGCAAGACAAGUAGUUCUAAUCGGAGACCAUAUGCAACUUCAGCCAAUUGUAAAGAACAGAUUGGCGAAGUCACUUGGGCUGAGUACAUCCAUGUUUGAGCGAUAUGCCAGUCGGGCUCUCAUGCUUAAGGAACAGUACAGAAUGGUAAGACGUUGAAAGCGUAAGUGUCAUUAAUAUUUGACGAAACUUUGUUGGAAGGGGCUUCAUAGAGACCCGUAUAUCCUCGUAAAGAAACCCCACAAUAGGGAGAAGUGUGUGGGGGGUUUUUUAGACGGAGAGCUUUGCUGAAAACUUCUUGAGAUCUUAGAUGCGAGUCAUCAUCAUGCAUCUUAACUUUUGGCCAGCCGGUAUGCACUUCUUUGGUUGAAAAUUAGCCUUACCACAAUCGAGGUCUAACCUUAACAUCGAUCAAUAUUUUGCCUUAAACUCAUCAUAAUACACAAUUUUAAUAAAGCUGCUUGCAAACAACUUUUGUCUUUCAGCAUCCAGAUAUUUGUGAAUUCCCUUCCAGGCAGUUUUAUGAUGGACAAUUAGUCACGUCAAAGUGCGUCACAGACAAACUAAGUCAGACCACAUACGGCAGGAGUUUUUUAAAUUUCUGGCCGUCGCAUAAAGGUGACAAUUACACACCCCUUGUAUUUUGUCACGUGGUCGGCGAGGAGGAGGAGCUUGUAGUGACAACUGAAGAAGGCAAUGAACGAUCAAAGAGUAACAUGAAGGAGAAAGACAAAGUGGUAUGUUAAUAACGAUGAUGACUAUGAUCUUCAUGGCCUGGCGUCGUAAAGUUACAGUCGUAUAGUUGUAAUCCGUAUUUAUCUUCUCAACCAUAUUCUUUCCUUUUUCAGUUUAUUCUUAUCUCUAUCAAUUUGUAUUACAUUAGCCAACUGUUAUUUCAUGGUUUCUUACGUAAGCACAGACGUUUUCGAGACGUAGAAUACCUCAAAGAGAAUGCAGCUGCUUCUGUCACGCUUUCACUCCAACCAAUUAACUGUAUACAGCCGUUCUUUUGCUAUUGUAACCUAAAGCUUUUGAAUAAUAAUCCAAGAUACGCGCCCAACCAAUUAACUGUAUAUAGCCGUUCUUUUACCAUUGUAACCUAAAGCUUUUGAAUAAUAAUCCAAGAGAAUGAGAAAUUUUUAAAAAGGAAAUCGCAAAAGAGUCGAAUUUUACGUAGAGAACACGAGUGUACGUUUUCAUUUUAGGUCGCCGUGGUCAAAAAAUUGCUUAAACUUGGCGUGAAAGGAAGAGAAAAUGAUGAGUCGAGAGACAGAGGAGAUCAAGUUCUUGUUCUCAGCCCAUACCGCGCGCAGUGCCAUGUUAUUCGACAAGACCUCAUACACGAGGGUUUAACCAACGUGAACGUAACUUCAAUUGUUAAAAGCCAAG